AUGCCUUCCACUUCAUCUGGACGUAUCACAAAGACCCGAAAGGGCAAGUACUCGACUCCUCAUCAAAAGAAUCACCGAUGGGAGUCCUUUGCGACUAAGGUUUCUAAACUGCACUCGCUCGAUCCCCUACGAAAAGUCCGACGACACGAUCUCGAAGCCGAAGACCUCGAAGCCACGACAUCAUACUUCCGAAAUGGCCUGCAAAAAUGGGGAGAACUCAACAUCGCCAAGGGUUUCAUCAAUUUCAAGAGAGAGGUCUUGCCGUUGAGCGAGAGUCUGCCUCAGAUUCUGCAUUUCGAAGAGAAGAUCUUCGAAUUGCUAGAGACCUCAAUUGCGAAACAGGAACACGAGUCGUUGGAGCCCUUGUUGGACCUACUCACAGCAUUUGCGCAUGACAUCGGUACAAGGUUUGAAAAAUACUAUUCCAAGUCUCUGGAUCUCAUUAUCGCCAUUGCUGCCAAGCCACAGGGCGCGGAUGUCAUUGAAUGGACAUUCGCCGCUCUGGCGUUCCUUUUCAAAUACCUUUCCAGACUUUUGGUGCCAGAUCUGCGACCGACGUAUGAUGUGAUGAUACCACUGCUAGGAAAGGCGCGGCAUCCUCCUCACAUUGCCCGAUUUGCCGCCGAGGCGUUAAGUUUCCUUAUUAAGAAGGCAGCGGCCCCAGCGAACCGAGAGAAUUCACUCGUCGCAAUCGUCAAACACGCCAGAGACGACCUUCGCAGUACGGUUGGAGAUCGCCAGUUUCAACUAUACCAAGAUGGUCUCAUGACCAUGUUCGCCGAGGCGAUCAAGGGCCCAGGACAAACGAUCCAUUCAACCGGACCAGCCAUCUUCACAUCGCUCAUGAGGGCGAUUCCCGAGACGGAGGCAGACCUCACGCCAACUGCAACCUGGACCGACCUUGUUUGUGGCGUGUUGACUAGCAUAAUCCACCACUCUAACGAUAAGGACCUUGCGCCGGUUCUCGACGCGAUCCAAGAUCAUAUCCAAACAGCGUUGAGCGAGGCGAAGUCCAGCAAAACAUGGAAGUUUGUACCGUUGGUCAGGAUUCUCGGUACAGCCGCAGGUGUUCGAAGCGGCUCCCGAAUCAGCAACUGGCCUGUUCUUGUUGAGAGCCUGACCGCAAUGCUGGACGUAAUGGCACAAAACUCCCCGGAAGUGACAGAAGAUAAAAUGAGUCUUGUCUGGCAGCAUAUUAUUGUCAAUGCCGCCAUCGUAUGGCAUCAAGCGCCAAUCGACGCCUUAAUCCCCUGCAUCAAGGACUUUAUGGCUGCUCUUCAGAAGGAUCGGCUUAUGAGAUGGUAUAUUCCAUUCUGCGCCUACUUCUCUGACCUUAAUGCCCAGCGAUUUCAAAGUCUGUUUCAAACAUACUUUCAAAGAUUUAUCGUUAGCCAUUGGUCUGACGGUCGAAACGAGGAUAUGCUGUGUGUACUCCUGCCACGUAUGGUCAAGUCAGGCAGCCUCCCAUCCCCUGGAGGCAAGGAAACCUGCAACCUCCCACGUAGCUGGCAGGACCAGAUCGUGUCAAAGUUUGAACGCCUCGAAGCGUCGCCUUUUCCCGAACGCGGAGCGUACGACAAGGAUCCUCAGACAUGGCGAGACAGAUGCUUGCCGAAAUACUCGGCUCUUCUUGAUCUUCUCUACUCUACCACAGUCCACCCGUCAGCCAACGCUAAAAUUGCAGAGCUUCUGCUCAGGAAGCUGAGACUUGCACUCAAGCCGUCCUCCACGCUAGCGUCCGAUGAGGUGCAUUUCAGCAUCAGCCAGGGCUUCCAUGCUUAUCUGCGUAUGAGCAAGGCAGCAGGCCCUGUAGACUCUGCCCUGAACCCUCUUCUCCGAGCUGCCUUGCCGCGAUUUAGUCGUUCAGUUGGCUUCCUUCAGGCUUAUCUUGAAUACACUGAGAUGACCAAGACCCAGCCUUCGUCUGCUGACCGCCACAGCAGCGAUAGCAGCGAGGGCUCAGGAGACGAAGACCCGGUUGUCGAGGCACUUAUUGAGAACCUUUCAGCCCCAUCUCAUGAGCUUCGCCUUGCGUCUUUGAAGAUUCUUCAGCAACUAGAGUCUACCCCGGAUGAGCACAGCUGUCUUACUCUGAUGCUGGACAUUGAACAGACCCCGAUGGAGCUUUCAAGCUUGAGAAAUGUUGCGAUGCAUCUCCGCAAGCUCGGGCAAAACUAUUCCUUGCUGGGCGAGAACUCAUGGCUUGCUAAGGCCAUUCCAUCCUUUAUGUUUGGCAUGUUGACGGUCAAACUUUCACCGCUAUGGGACGACACAAUUACUGCCUUGAAGUUGGUUGGAGAAUCUAAGAAUGGCGAAGAGACUAUUUCUGCUAUUGCCUUCAACUGGUUGGAGACUCCAUCGCCUCGAUGGUCUGGCCCUAAUAGCCAGCCGUCUCUUCAGGGUCGGGAGGGUAUAACCGACUUUGACUGCCUGCAUUUGCGGAAACUCUGGAACAUGGCAAACAAGAUAGAGCAGGUGGUGGACAAUGCUACCGACCUAAUGCUCCAGUCGUUCGAUGAGCAGCAGCAAACGGUCGAGGCCAGCACAACCAACGCUCGCGCCCAAGCACUGAAGGUCUUUACCGCGAUGCCACAUUUCGCGGAGAAGAGGUCUCGCAAGCUAGUGCCCUUUUUCCUGCCUUGGGCCAUCGACGAGGAUGACGCGUCCGAUAGCCAGGAUGACGAAGAGGAUCAACCCAAGGGAGAAGACUGGUCACUUCAGGACCGCAAGGCACUUGUUGGUGUCUUUGCUCUGUUUAUUAACCCGAAGGUGCUGUACCAGCACGAAAGAGUAUACCGAGCUCUUCUCCAUCUGAUGGAGAACGGUGACAUCGAGGUGCAAAAGCUUGCAUUGAAGGCCAUUCUCGCUUGGAAGCAGGAGGGUGUUCGCCCCUAUCAAGAAAACUUGGAGUAUCUCCUCGACGAAGCUAGAUUCAAGAACGAAGUGACUGUGUUCUUGCAAAGCGACGAGGCUAUUCAGCCCGAGCAUCGGGCGGAGCUGAUGCCCGUUCUACUCAGACUCUUGUACGGACGAACCAUUUCCAAGAAGGGUGUUGCAAGCGGUCGGCAUGGCUUACAAGCUACUCGUCUGACUGUCUUGAGAAACUUAAGCGUGGAAGAUAUGGGAAGCUUUUUGGAUAUCGCGAUUGGCGGCUUGAAAGGGGCUCGUGUCAUUGAUGAGUACGGAUUCCGUGCCAAUCUCUUCGACCGCGAAAUCCUCCCUCCUCGCAAGCAGGUUGGUUUCAUGAACAUGAUGCUGCCUUUGAUCAACGAGCUCGGCGCUCAUGUUGGACCUUACGUCGAGAGACUUCUGCAUCCUGUUCUCUAUUGCCUGAUCUAUGCAUGCCGUCAGUUAAGGGAAACUGCGGCUGAAUUAGACGAAGAGGCCGAAGAAACCAACGAAGCUUCCCAGGAAUCUCUUUUCAAGGCCAUUAGAACCACGGGCUUGAAGUGUCUUAUCUCCCUCUUUCGAAAUGCCCAGGACUUCAACUGGUCACCAUAUUCCGAGCCGAUUGUCAACGAGGUCAUCACUCCCAGAACCGAAAAGCUGCCGAUUGAGACUGCCCAGUCAGUUUCCAGCAUCUUGCAGCUUCUUUGGACAUGGUCUCAGCUUCCCAAGGCCGCGCUGUUCAUCUCUAUCAAUGAUCAAAUCUUGCCCAAGGUCAUUGAAUGUGUGUCCGUGCCAAAGGCAAAGGACAAUGUCAAGGUUUUCGCCCUGAGCAUCGUCCGCAACCUCAUCAAGCUGGCCCAGGCACCCGCUCAAGAGUCUGAGUUUAACGAGCUCAUCCGCACUGAGCUCAUUGAUGCGAACAUGGAGCUAAUGUUGAAGACCAUUACCACUACGCUCGAGACGCAGACCAUGGGCAAUGAUCUGCUCGAGGCUUCCAUCGAGACCAUCGUUGAGCUUUCUCCUUUGGUCGAAACAUCCGAGAAUGUCCAAGAAACGCUAAAGAUUUCGACUUGGCUUCUCAAUCAACCGCCGAGAAGAGUCAACCCCAGAGCAAAGGGCAAGAUUCUCCUUAUUCUGGAGCGCUUCAUCACCAUCCUUGGAUCUGCUGAAGCGGAAGAGAAGACUGCAGACAUUGCUAUCUACGAGACUCUGUCUUCUCUCUUCAGCUACUUCAAGGACAGGGAGAACAGACAGUCCUUGGCUCGCGUGCUUUCCGCUCUAGCUGCCAAGGAUGACACUCUCCAGGAAGUUGCUGACCUGUGUAGCGCUUUGAACGCCUUUGUGCCUAACCGCAUCGAUGAGCCAGACUACGACAAGAGACUCAAGGCCUUCACCCAGAUCACUAAACGGGAGUCGCCGCUCACUGUUAGGCAAUGGCUUCCGCUCCUGCACAACUUGAUAUUUUUCAUCCGCUCGGAUGAAGAAUUUGGCAUUCUUGCGUCAAAUUCGGCAGACGGUAUCCGAAAGUUUAUCAGCGAGGUGGCAUCCUGCCAAGAUGAAGCAUCGAAGAUCGCUUUCGACGCCCAGAUGAAGACCAUCUUGUUGCCGUCAAUCUACUCCGGUGCUCGCGAGGAGUCUGCUACUGUGAGACGAGAGUAUCUCAGAGUAUUUGGAUACUUGCUGUCACAGAUGCCCACGUGGGAGCCCGUUGCAGACAUGAAAGGUCUUCUUAGCGGAGACAUUGAUGAGGAGACCACUGAGCUGCCCUUUUUCUUCAACAUCCUUAGUCCCGCCACAUCGCGACAACUGGAGGCUAUUCGAUUCCUUGAGGCUGCCAACGAAAGUGCGGAAAUCGGUAGCCAGAACCUCAGUCAGUUCUUCAUCCCGCUUCUGGAGCACUUCAUCUUCGGCCGUACCGAUGGCAGCGAUGAUCACGGCCUGGGUGCACAAGCGACAGCAACAAUCGGUAACCUGGCUCUUUCCCUUGAUUGGAAGCACUACCGUGUCAUUCUCCAGAGGUACAUCAGCUACGUUGAGUCAAAGCCCGACCUUCAGAAGCAGGUGAACAGACUUCUUGGCAAGUUUAGCGAUGCCCUCGUUGUCUCUGUAGAACAAAAGGCAGCAGAACCCAUGCAUCUGGACGAUCCCGAGACUACGCCUUCCACCAAGAGAUUGGCACUCACAGUCCCUGCGCAAGAGAAGCUCGGUAGUGAUGUCAACAACCUUUUCCUCCCCACACUGAUCAAGCACCUGCAUGAAAAGGAUGAGUCCGAGGUCAGCUACCGCGUCCCGGUUGGUGUUAUCAUUGUCAAGCUCUUGAAGAUCCUCCCCACCGAAGAGAUGGGCCAAAAACUUGCCGGUGUUCUUACCGACAUCUGUCACAUCCUGCGAAGCAAAACCUGGGAAGCCCGCGAGAUGGCUAGAGAUACCCUGGUGCAGAUUGCCUCUGUGCUUGGCCCUACGUAUUUUGGUUUCAUUAUCAAGGAACUGCGUGGAGCUCUCAAGCGAGGUUACCAGCUUCACGUUCUCUCCUACACCCUUCACUCCAUGCUUCUCAGAGUUAUUCCUGAGUUCCAGCAGGGCGAUCUCGACUACACUCUCUGGUCCAUCGUAGCGGUUAUCAUCGACGACAUCUUUGGUGCCACUGGUCAAGAGAAGGACGCCGAGGGGUACAUCAGCCAGAUGAAGGAGGUCAAGGCCAGCAAGAGUCAAGAUUCUAUGGAGCUUAUCGCUAAAUCCGCUUCCAUCAACCAUCUUGUCACCCUCGUACAUCCUCUGCGGUCCCUUCUUCUACAAAAGGUUGAUCUCAAGCUGGUUCGCAAGAUUGAUGCGCUAUUGGCAAGAAUCACUGCCGGUCUGUUGCAGAACCCUGCCGCGGAAAGCCGCGACACGCUGGUUUUCUGUUAUGAAGUCAUCCAAGAAGUCUACAAGAGUCAAAAACCAGAGCAAGCGCCAAAGAUCGAUUAUCGCCUAAAGAAGUACCUCUACCAGAAAGGUGUUAAGAAGGACAACCACGGCACCGCGGGCAAAUAUACUUUUAAGCUUGUCAAGUUUGCCUUUGAUAUUCUGCGAUCUGUUUGGAAGAAGCACGACAGCUUGCGCAACGCGGCGAAUAUUGCCGGUUUUGUUCCCAUACUGGGUGACGCGAUCGUUGGUGGCGAGGACGACGUCAAGAUCGCAGCCUUCAAACUGCUUUCUGUCCUGGUCAAGGUCCCCUUCAGCAACGACGAAGAUGUCGAUCUCUACAAGGUUGCGGCUAAGGAGGCAACGAAGAGCAUCUCAAUGUCAACUUCGACUACAACAGAGCUUUCGCAGGCUGCAUUGAAGCUGCUUUCUGUUAUCCUCCGCGAGCGCAAGGACAUUGCUGUCAAGGAUGCAGCGAUCGAUAUGCUCCUCGGCAAGCUCAAGGAUGAUCUUACCGAGCCACUGUACCGCCAUGUUACGUUCAACUUCUUGCGUUCUGUUCUUGAGCGCAAGAUUGAGACCGCAGUGGUCUAUGACACGCUCGACUAUGUCGGCACCGUUAUGAUCACCAACGAUGACAAGGACACCAGAGACCUGGCCAGAGGAGCCUUCUUCCAGUUCCUCAAGGACUACCCGCAGAGGAAGGCUCGCUGGGUGAAGCAACUCAACUUCAUCGUCGCCAACCUGACAUACGAGCGUGAGGGUGGUCGUCUGUCCGUUAUGGAGGUGGUCCACCUUCUGCUAAUGAAAUCUGCCGAUGACUUUGUUCAAGAAGCCAUCUCUACUUGUUUCCUGCCCCUGGUCAUGGUACUGGCCAACGAUGACAGCGAGAAGUGCUGCCUCGCCGCCGGCGAGCUGGUCAAGGAGAUGUUCCGCAAGGCUGAUAAGGAGAGGGUUCAGAACUUCCUGACCUUGCUGCGCUCUUGGAUCGAGCAGGAAGACAACCCUGCUGUUACGAAAUUGGCACUCCAGGCCUUUGGCUUCUUCUUCGAAGCCAAGGAGCCAUCCUCGAAGCACAAGAAGGAGCUGGAGCUGGUGCUCAGCAGGAUCGGUGAGAUCUUCGGAACUGGUGAUAUCCGUGUCGCCGACGAGGAUCUUGUCAACACAGCCCUCCACGACGUUCAAAUCCUGACGGAAAAGUACCCCGCCAGACUACUCUCAGCAGAAUCUCGAGAGUUGUGGAGCGAUGUUCGUGGAUGUUUCACUCAUCCUGAGAACUCGGUCAAGUUAAGCACUGCCAAGGUGCUCAGUUCCUUCCUUGCAGACUAUGCCGGCAAGGCCGCCAAGGCCGGUGAGACCCUUAAGGGAUCCCACGGUCUUGACCUCGAAUGCGAAGACAUUGAGGAGCUCGUCAGGUUGACCAUGUACGCCUUGAGGACACCCGAGAUCGACGACGCCCUUGCUGCGGAGAUCACUCAGAUCCUGGUCUUCCUUGGCCCUCGCCUGCCAGUCAAGUUGCAGAAUGUGCCGGAAGCGGAGACUUUGGGAGACAGAGACGAACAGGCGGCGGAGGAAGACAGAAUCGAAGAGCACCGCAAGGACCUUCAAUACCUCUUCUGGAAGCUUUCGUCACUCCUGCGCAAGGACGUUCGCCCCAAGUCAACCGCCAUUACCCCCAAGGUCGUCGCUAUGGAGGUGCUAGAGACCAUCUGCCGUCGUGUGCCGCAAGAGAACCUCAAACCCUCGUUCAAGACUAUUCUCUACCCUCUGCAGAACCUUACGGAUCCCAACAUCCCCGUGCCAUUCUCCACGGACGAACUCUUCAAGACUAAGCUUGAUGGCUUGAAGACAAGGGCGCAGAUCCUGAUGGACUCGCUGCAGAAGAAAUUCGGCACCGCCGAAUAUACCCAAACCCUGCUCGCCAUCAGAGAAGAGGUGCGCACGAGGAGACAGCAGAGGUCCAGCAAGCGCAAGAUCGAGGCUAUCGCACAGCCUGAGAAGUACGGCAGGGACAAGAGGAAGAAGACGGAGAAGAAGAAGGAGAAGAAGAAGGUUAGGAGUGCCGAGCACAAGGCAUUCAGACAGACGUACAAGGGGUGGUAA